AUGAACGGCUCCGACAAGCGGCUGCUAUUGGUCAUCGGCAAGCCCAAGAAACCGCGGGGCUUCGCCAAGGUGCUGUCAAUGCUUGUCACAUACACACACAACACAAAGGUGUGGAUGACGGGGGAGAUAUUUCGGAAGUGGCUGACAGACUUUCAUAAGGAAAUGUCCGCGAAAAAGCGCAAAGUGCUGCUCUUGCUAGACAAUUGCAGCACACACCAUGUUAACGCACAUCUGAGCGCUGUCGAGGUACUUUUUCUGUCUCCGAACACAACCGCCAAGAUGCAGCCGAUGGACGAGGGAGUGAUAGCAAACUUCAAAGUGCAUGAUCACCGCCGUGUCAUCAAGCGUCUGCUCAUUGACAUCCGUACAGCCGACAACGCUGCCGACCUGAAGGUGCCACUAUUAAAGUGGUAUUUUUCGCAAGCGGAGCCCGGCGGGACAUGA